AUGGCGCUGCUGGGCGCCCUGCUGCUGGCCCUGGCCCUGCUCUGCACCUGGCGGCUGGCGCGACGGAGGGACACCCUGCCGAUGGCCACGGCCACGGGGCUGGGGCGCCCACGGAGCCUGCCGGCCCUGCCGCUGGUGGGGAGCCUGCUGCAGCUGGCCGGGCACCCCCAGCUCCACCUGCGGCUGUGGCGCCUGCAGGGCCAGUACGGCAGCCUGUACGCCCUCUGGAUGGGCUCCCACUACGUGGUGGUGGUGAACAGCUAUCGGCACGCCAGGGAGGUGCUGCUCAAGAAGGGCAAAGACUUCGCCGGACGGCCCCGCACCGUGAGUGGGCAGCAGCUCUUGGGGACCCCUUCCCACUGUGGCGUGACCACGGACCUGCUGUCCCGGGGGGGCAAGGACAUCGCCUUCGCCAGCUACGGGCCCCUGUGGAAGUUCCAGCGCAAGCUGGUACACACUGCCCUCUCCAUGUUCGGUGAGGGCUCGCUCGCCCUCGAGAAGAUCAUCUGCCGGGAGGCCGCCUCCCUGUGCGAGACGCUGAGCGCUGCGCAGGACACGGCCCUGGACAUGGCCCCCGAGCUCACACGGGCCGUCACCAACGUGGUCUGCUCCCUCUGCUUCAACUCCUCGUACCGCCGGGGGGACCCCGAGUUCGAGGCCAUGCUGGAGUACAGCCAGGGUAUCGUGGACACCGUGGCCAAGGAGAGCUUGGUGGACAUCUUCCCCUGGCUCCAGAUAUUUCCCAACAAGGACCUGACCCUGCUGAAGAAAUGCCUCCAGGUCCGGGACCAGCUGCUGCAGCAGAAAUUCACUGAACACAAGGAAGCUUUCUGUGGAGACACUGUGAAGGACCUCAUGGAUGCCCUCCUGCAAGUGAGGCUCAGUGCUGAGAACAGCAGCCCUCUGGAGCCAGGGCUGGAGCUGACUGACGACCACCUCCUCAUGACAGUGGGGGACAUCUUUGGGGCCGGUGUGGAGACCACCACAACUGUGCUCAAAUGGGCUGUGCUCUACCUGCUCCACUACCCUGAGAUCCAGAGGAAGAUCCAGGAGGAAAUGGACCACAAGAUCGGCCUGGUGCGUCACCCCCACCUCAGCGACCGCCCGCUGCUGCCCUACCUGGAGGCCACCAUCAGUGAGGUGCUGCGCAUCCGGCCUGUGUCCCCCCUGCUCAUCCCACACGUGUCCCUUGCUGACACCAGCAUUGGGGAAUACUCCAUCCCCAAGGGUGCCAGGGUCAUCAUCAACCUCUGGUCUGUGCACCAUGACGAGAAGGAGUGGGACAAGCCUGAGGAGUUCAAUCCUGGCCGCUUCCUGGAUGAGCAGGGCCAGCACAUCCAUUCACCCUCACCCAGCUACCUCCCCUUCGGAGCUGGGAUCCGUGUCUGCCUGGGAAAAGUCCUGGCCAAGAUGGAGCUCUUCCUCUUCCUGGCCUGGGUGCUGCAGAGGUUCACACUGGAGUGCCCUGAGGACCAGCCCCUGCCCUCGCUGGAGGGCAAGUUUGGUGUCGUGCUGCAGGUGCAGAAAUUUCAGGUGAAGGCCAGGCUGAGGGAGGCCUGGAGAGCGGCCUCGUGAUGGGGAGGAGCCCUAGAUCCCAGGCAGGGGGGAUGGGACCACAGAGGCUGCCCCAU